GUUUUCUAAUGAAGGAGCUCCCCAUCAUCAGAGACAUGAAAUUGGCAGUAAAAUGGAUAAAUGUCAAAAGACAAGUGUUCAGAGACCCUCUGGAAGAGCCUCUUUUCCUCGCAAUGGACAAGGAGGACAAGGAAAUGGCGAUUCAUGGUUUUACUUUUUUUUUAUCUUAAGGAAGACUUCAAAUGUUUUUUGUGUGAACACAUGCGACUAAGAGUUAAUGAUUUUUUUUCAAGAGUCUAGAUGUUCUUAGAAAUGCUCGGUAAUAUAAGAAAUGUACAAAUUUGUUUUAAAUUUAUUUUGAAUUCUGAAAGAUAUUUGACAUAUUCUUUACUUUGUGCCUGCUUGUUAUAAGAUCUACAUGCAUUAAUUAUGUAGAUACUAUGAACAUUAAGUACAUAUUAUAUCGAGUGAAAUAGAAAGCACUAAGCAAAUCAUAACUUCAUAAAACUGUAGGUUAUGUAUUUUCUAGCGUUUUUAUCUAUUGUCCGUCACCAAAAUCUAUGCGGAAAUAGAAACAUAAGCAACAAAAACUGUUGGUAAUGCGAUCGUUGCUAAACCAUAUCAUGGUUUGUCUUCAUUUCUGGCAUGAGACUGGAUUGUGUGUCCUGAAAUGUGUGACGCUUCUGCCCGCCCUCGCUGAGACUGGUGGCCUGGAUCGUGAGUCUUAAAACGAGUGGCUGCGGGCCUGCAGCUGGAUACUAAUGUGCUCCAGCGGUUGUCAUUGAUCUCAUUCUUCAUGGCUGUAAUGGAAACACUUCUCCUGCACGUUUCCACCACAGGAGCUUUGCUCGCUGCUCUCCUGGCGCUUUUGGUUAUUUAUUUGAUUUUCUUUGCCUCCAAAUCUCCAGAAGAAGAACAAGAACCUCCAGGACCCAAACCACUGCCUCUGCUGGGAAACCUGCACCUUCUGGACCUCAAACAACUUCAUGUGAGCCUCUUGAAUUUAUCCAAGAAAUAUGGUUCAGUGUUCAAAGUGUAUUUGGGACCCAAGAAGGUGGUGGUUCUGACCGGAUUCAAAGCAGUUAAACAAGCACUUGUGAACCAGGCUGAAGAAUUUGGCGAAAGAGACAUAAUGCCUGUUUUUCAAGACCUAAAUGAAGGACACGGAAUCGGCUUUGCAAAUGGUGACGGAUGGAAAGAGAUGAGAAGAUUUGCUCUCUCAACCCUUCGAGACUUCGGUAUGGGAAGGAAACUGAGCGAAGAGAUGAUUGCGGUGGAAACGCUGUAUCUGCGAGAAGUAUUCGAGGCGUUCCAAGGAAAUCCUUUUAAUACAGCCCAACCUGUAAAUUAUGCCGUUUCCAACAUCAUCUCGGCUAUUGUUUUUGGAAAACGGUUUGAAUAUGACGACCCUAAAUUUCAAGAGAUGGUGAACGUGGCAAACCUGAACAUGAAAAUGCUCGGCUCCACUGUCAUACAGAUCUAUAACAUGUUUCCAGCACUUGGGCCUUGGCUGAAGACUUGGACACUGCUCAUGAAAAACAUAGACAGCAACAGAACACUAAUGCAGGGGCUGGUGAACCGUUUACGAGAGACCUUGAACCCUUCAGACUGCAGAGGAUUAGUCGACGCCUUCCUCAUCCGCAAACAACGCAUAGAUGAAUCUGGAGAAGAAGAUUCACAAUUCCACGAUCGAAACCUGAUCAUGACUGUGGCGAAUCUGUUUGCUGCCGGUACGGACACCACUGGCACGACGUUACGCUGGGCUCUGCUGCUCAUGGCCAAAUAUCCUCACAUACAAGAUCGGGUUCAUGAAGAAAUCGACAGGGUUCUAGCUGGAUGUGAACCCGUUACAGAGGACAGGAUGAAUUUACCAUACAUAGACGCUGUGAUCCAUGAAACCCAGAGACUGGCCAACAUCAUACCCUUGAACCUGCCACAUAUGACCAGCUGUGAUGUUCACUUCCAUGGAUACGUCAUUAAGAAGGGGACUUGCGUUCUGCCACUGCUGACGUCUGUUCUGAGGGACGAGAACGAGUGGGAGACGCCCAACACUUUUAACCCCGCACACUUCCUCGAUAAGAAGGGUCAGCUGAAGAAACGCGAGGCCUUCAUGCCGUUCUCUGCAGGGCGAAGGAUGUGUUUAGGAGAGGGUUUGGCCAGGAUGGAGCUCUUUCUGUUUUUUACGUCCCUGCUUCAGCAUUUCCGCUUCACUCCUCCACCUGGAGUGUCUGAAGAUGAGCUCGAUCUCACUCCAGUCGUGGGUCUUGUCUUAAACCCUUCACCUCACAAACUGUGUGCAGUCAGGAGGGCAGAACAAAAUACAACUACACAACAAUGAGUCAAAAUAUUAGCACAAAUUUUCAUUCUCUAUGGGUCUAAUUAUUGUAAAGAUAUUUGCUAUCAGCUGUUGGCUUUAAUGUCUGUGUAUUUUCAGUUCUUUUAGACGAAUGUAUUUACCAAGAUUCAAUAAAAUGUUGUUAAAAUCAGUUUUGUUUUGAUUUUUAAGAGAAGACAGGUACAGGCCUUGGUCAUCUAAUUUGGAAUGGCACUGUCACAAAAACAAGGGUCCUGAUUCGGGUGAUGUAAGGUGGUGUCAGUCUGCCUUCACUUUCCAAUUUCAAGCUUUGACAAGACCUUGCUCAAUAUUAGGAUAUCAGGGUGAUAUUUUUACAAAAUGUUUUAUAUGCAGAACGAUUUUAUGUAGAAAACGGUAAAUCACAGAAAAAAUUGAAAGUACGGAUGUACAAUGAAUAUUGAUGUAAAAAUGUCUUUAACCAUAUGCACCUGUUGUGAUGCAUCUUGCUGUUGUUUGUUUUCUAUUAUGCAUUACAGAAAUCCAUUUCGUUACACUGUACUUGUAUAUGUCUAAUGACAAUAAAUUGAAUCCAAAAUUGAAUCCAA